UAAAUUGUCAAAUUUUAUCAAGUGAGUGAUAAGGAAAUUAAAAAUUACAGUCAGCGUUUUGUGAUGGAUUACGUUUAGAAUUUUUAAAUGAAUUCCUAUUCGAACGAAUCACUAUAAUAAAGUUUUUGAAGAAAGUGAUUUAUUAACAAUGUGAAGCUUUUAAUUUUGCCUUCGGAAAUAUUGUUAUUGUUUUAUUUUUAAUUGAUAAACUUAAAUUAAGAUGUCUAAUCCUAACAAUCCUUUUGCGGGCUUAUUAGGAGCAUCAGAUGGAAAAUCUACUAAUGAAAAUGGUAGCUCUAACCACGAAAAAAUAGAUAUGGAUGUAGAUCAAUCCCAAGCUGAGGAAAAAAUUAAAACAAUAAAUAAUAUUGUUCAGAAUGUUUUUCAUUUUACAAUUAAUGCUAAUGCGAUUGAAGGACAGUCAGAUACUCAAUUAGUGUAUCUGGAAGAGCUUGCACGAGCUAUGAACCCUAGAUUUUACAUUGACUUAGAAGCUUUAGAGCAAGCUUUGUUUGAAAGACUUCUAUUACAUGAUAUUCAACAGUGUGUGAUUCCUAAAACAAGCACCGUUUUAAAGGAACAUGUUAUACAGAAUCAAGUGUUUCCAUACUUGUUCAGUUCUAUGGAAAAUGUUUUAAGUUUUAAUCAGUAUGACAAAUCAUACAUAAGAAGUGCUUUAGAAAAAAUGAAGGAACUCAUAUUUCGCAAUGCAGUAACUGCAUUAAAACAGCCUGCAUUAUUUGAAGGACAAGAUUUUGCUUCACAAUUAGUAGAAAUACUACAGCAUGUUGGUCCUCAGAGUCACACAUUCUUUAAUGAUUUGGUUAAUGCAUUUGUAGAAGAUGGUGAUAAAGACUGUCAAUUGCAAUUAAAAGAAACAAUGAUACCAGUGUUACAGAAAAUUCAUACAGAUAUCCAUAAAUCAAAUAUAAUCAAUCUACCAAUUUACAUUUUGCCAUCUAUACAAUUAUUUGCAAGUAAUUCAAAUUUGGCACAAAUAUUGAUUGAAGCCUGUGAACCAAAGAUUGAAACAAAUGGACGAUUAUACCAAGAUUCAGUUAUAGGGGCCUUGUUAAAUCUCUCUGUGCUUCCUCGAACAACAACAGGGGUAUAUGACUUUUUUGAUAAUCCCAUGGAUCAGUCGGCUACAUCAGUGACUGAGACUUCGAUUUGGAAUGCAUCAUCACACUUAACAAAUAACUUGCACAAAAUAUUCUUGAAUCUUCUAAAAGGUGGACCACAAAUUAAAAAUAGAUUAUUAACUUGGAUUGGGAAAUGUCUCAAAACAAAUGUUGCCAGAGGAAAACUUUGGAAUAUUCAGGCUGGAGAAAUGAGUGCAGCUACAAUGACUUGUGUAUGUGAUGGCUUUAUGAUAAAUCUUGGUGCAGUACUAUUGCAGCUGUGUCAACCAUUCUGUACAAAAGCGGAUGAUCCAAAGUCACUAAAAAUAGAUCCUACUUAUGGUGCAGUACCUCCAGAAGAAUGUGCUGCUAAAUCUGUACAUCUGGACUGCCUACAUAGUGAAACAUGUUUGCUCCCUGCACGAGAAUCUGAAGAUGGACAACCCGUUAAGCGUCCAACUUCAGAAUCAUACAAUUUCGUAACCGAAUGCUUCUUUAUGACACAGAAAUGUAUCGAUUUAGGCGUGCGCGUGUGCGCUGAGAAGCUGUAUCGCUGCGGCCAGGAGCUGGGCCGCGCGCAGCGCACGCUGAGCGACGUGUCCGGCUCGCACCGCGCCGUCGAGCCCAUGCGACGGCGCGCUCUCUUCCUCAUGACAAAAUUCGUGAGCAUCCGUUGCGCGCUACUGGAGCCAAACAUGCUGAACAACUUACACCGAUUGCAAGCGAUGACAUGUACGUGGCUGGUGCAAGUGUCAGCGCGUACGGAGGCCCAAGCUGGCUCGUACGCUCCGUGCUCGCUGCAGACUAUACGACUACCCAUCACCACCCCACCACCGGAUACCUUGCGAUGUAUUCCAGAGUUCGUCCUAGAAAACACAGUGGUGCUUAUAACGAUGGCGCGAAGAACUAUCAGCGCCUUACCAGAUGAAGCAGACAUAUCAGGCCUACUGCAGCCCGCACUUACACUAGUUCUGACCUUCAUGGGUGAUUCGACUAGAACUUACAAUCCGCAUUUAAGAGCUCGUCUCGCAGAAUGCUUAGAAGCAAUGUUGCCUAAUCAUCCAGACGAUCAGCAGCCUUUGAGUAACAUUGCGUCAUUCUACAGGGAACAACUUUUUAAGGAGCAUCAACAUAGACUACAACUAGUUCCAUGUCUCCUUGACGUAUUUGUGGGUAUAGAAAUGACGGGUCAAAGCGUUCAAUUCGAGCAGAAAUUCAAUUAUCGGCGUCCCAUGUACCUCGUCAUGGACUUCUUGUGGGACAAUGAAGAACACAGAGAAGCAUUUACGCGGUUGGCACAAGAAGCCGAAGAGAAUAUGGAAGCAGUACACCCCCCGUUAUUUUUACGUUUUGUAAAUUUAUUAAUGAACGAUGCUAUUUUCCUCCUGGAUGAGGCUCUCGGAAAUAUGGCUCAAAUACGUACCUUGCAGACUGCACAAGAAUCCGGCGCCUGGAGCAACCUGCCAGCUCAGGAACGCGAACAGAACUUUGCCAACCUGUCCCACGUGGGCACGCUGGCGCGCUUCGACAACAUCCUGGGCCGCGACACCAUCCGCACGCUGGUGCGGCUCACGGCGCACGCGCCCUACGUCUUCUGCCACCCCACCCUCGUCGAGCGAAUUGCGUCUAUGCUCAACUACUUCCUUUUGCAUCUUGUCGGACCUAAUAAAAAGAAUUUUAAGGUAAAAGACAUGAAAGAAUACGAAUUUGAGCCGGCUAACACAGUAUUGGAUAUAUGCCGCAUGUAUGUUGAACUUGGAAACAACGAACGUUUCUGUGCUGCAGUUUCGGAUGACGGCCGCUCGUACUCUCCACAGCUAUUCACAUUGGCUGAAGCUGUCUUAGUACGCAUCGGAGGUGGUGGAUUAAUAAGCUCAUUGCAAGAGGUUGCAACUCGCGUAAGUACAAUUGCAGAACAAAGGCAACGUGAUGAAGAAAUACUUGCUAAUGCGCCCGAAGAAUUCUUAGAUCCCAUUAUGAGCACUCUCAUGUUGGACCCUGUCAUUCUGCCUAGUUCAAGAACAACAGUGGACCGUACCACCAUUGCUCGGCAUCUUCUAAGUGACCAGUCAGAUCCAUUCAAUCGGUCUCCUUUGUCUAUGGAUCAAGUUAAAUCAAAUACAGAAUUAAAGGAGCGAAUACAUUCAUGGAUAACUAAGCAAAAACAGAGCAUACCAGAAAACCGGACAAGUACUUCCUAAAUAUCUAGCCUUUUUUAAAGUUUACAUUUUAACUGAACUAGAGAAGUUAGAAUUUCUAUCGCCAAUAUUAUCAUAAUUUAUAUUUUUUCUAAGCCUCACUAUGGCCACUGUACUAGGAGAUUCUUUACUUAUAUUCAAAUUAUACUUACUAUUUUUAUCCAUACUUGCUAUGAAGUUCAAUUCAGUUUUGUAUGUGCUCACUAAUUUAUAAUUGAUGAUUCUUCCUCAUUUUGACAUAUUUGCUCAGGUCUUACAACAUCAAAUUACAUACUUUGUUCUUUUAAGUGCAUACAUAUAUAACGAUAAAACGUCCAGCAAUCAGUAUGUGCUAUUCGAAAAAAUAGAUUCUUAAUAAACUUCUGUUCACAUUAUUUUACUUUUUUGUAACUAUUAUCUAACUUGAUGUCGGGGACUUCGUAUAGGUUACCUUCCAACAUAACCAAUAUUAAUCCACAUCUUUGUGAUAAACUACGAUUGAUACGCUUGUCUAGCACCCUGGGGUGCGCCAACCGCAAGGGUAGAUACAUAUGAUACUCAGACCAAAAAAUAGAUUUAUGUAUGUAUUAGUUAAUACAAUAAUAUCAGUUGCUUAAUAUAUAUCAUAACUGGCAACGUUUCUGUUAUUGUUUAUGGAGAGAACGUCAUCAUAGACUUACUUGAAAUAUAUUAUUUUUAAAGCAUAGGUCUCCUAUAGUAAUAUCACGAUUAUAAUAAAAGGUAAACAUCUUCUCUCAUUCCAUGUAUUUCUAUCAGAAAUGAUGGUAAUAUAUAUUGAUAUGAUUUAAUCAAAUACUUAUUCUAAGGGAUUUAUGUGGUGUUUGUAAAUUGUUUUAGAUGCUUAAUACAGAAUAAUUGUAACAUUUUUUAAGGUUAUUCACAAUAUCUAAUAGACUAC